CCACGGCUGCCGCUGCCGCCACCGCCGCAGCUGCCGCCGCCGCUGCCGCGGUCGUCCCUGCCCGUCCUGGCUUCGGGGUGCUCCCCGUACGCCACAGGCCCAUUGGUGACCCUGACCCCUGCCCUCCCCACUCCCCAUGCAUCAGGCUCCUGCUGGUGUCCCUGGAGCAUGGGAAGCUGCUGAGCUUGACCUGUGGUGUCUGGCAGGAGCUGCGUGUCUCACCCUGUGGCAGGGAGGGCGUCCAUGGCUGCAGCCAACAAGGGCAAUAAGCCCAGAGUCCGGAGUAUCCGCUUUGCGACAGGCCAUGAUGCAGAAGGCUCCCAGAGCCACGUCCACUUUGAUGAGAAGCUGCAUGACUCUGUGGUCAUGGUCACCCAAGAGAGCGACAGCAGCUUUCUGGUCAAGGCUGGCUUCCUGAAGAUCCUGCACAGGUAUGAGAUUACCUUCACUCUGCCCCCAGUGCGCAGGCUGAGCAAGGAGGUCCGAGAGGCACCUGUCCCCAGCCUGCACCUCAAGCUCCUCAGCGUCAUGCCCAUCCCAGAAGGUUACAGCAUCAAGUGUGAGUACUCAGCGCACAAGGAGGGCGUCCUCAAGGAGGAGAUGCUGAUAGCCUGCGAAGGUGGCACCGGCACCUACGUGCGCGUGACGGUGCAGGCGCGCGUCAUGGACCGACACCACGGCACACCCAUGCUGCUAGAUGGUGUCAAGUGCGUGGGUGCUGAGCUAGAAUACGACUCAGAGCACAGUGACUGGCACGGCUUCGACUGAGGCCCUCGCCCCCACCUGCCUCGUGGCCUCUCAGCCUUAAACCCCACCUCGUCUCCCCAAAUGCUGCGUGAUGGUGUAGCUUCCUCACCCUUCCCAGGGAUGGGCAUGGAGGUGGAGGGUCCAAGGGCCUCCAAGCCGGAGCGUCGCCCACACCUCUCACCUCAUUUGUGCCACCUCCCUGCCUCUCCAGCAUCCUCCUCUCCCACUUUCUCCUCUCUGUGUGCCUCAGUCUCCUGCUGGAAGAAAUGGGCUGAGCCCCCAAGGAGGCUCUCUGAGGAGGGAUGGAGAGGGCCUGGGGUGGGUUCUACCCACCCCCCUACCCCAAGCCAUAGGGGCUCUAGCCAGGGCCUAGGAGAGGAGGGAGCUGGCUCUGUGGUGUAGCUGCCCCCAUUACUGCUGCUGUUGUCUUGCUUUAGCCACCUCUCCUGUCCCCUCCCUCUUUCCCACUGCCGUCCAUGGUGAGGAGGAGGGAGGUGCAGUUCCCAAUCCCUACCCCCCCAGGUCUGUGUUACUUGGUUUUUAAACAACUGAUUGGGAUAAAACCCUAAAGAAAUAAAACUUCCAGUGGAUACCAGAGGCCAGCAGGAUUUUUGUUCUCCAGGGCCCUGAGAAUGCCCAGCCCUUUACAGAAUGGCCAAGGAACAGUUUUGGCUCAACUCAUUCUUUUUGGAGGCAAGGUCACUUCGUGGUAUUACAGCACCUGGCCCCAAAAGAAGUAUGCACAGGGGGUGACAUUUUGGGCCUGGGAAUAGUUGCCAAGACAGUUAGAGUUUGGAUGGGGAGGGGCCUUCUGCCCAGGUCAGAGAGAGGUCUUGUGGAAUGGGGCGUUCAGUGUGGGAGGCUUGACCCAGAGACAGCAGCACCCCCUUCUGGUCAGUUCCCCGCCCCAGGCACAGCUGAAAACCUCCCUUUGCAGAUCCCAGCCCCUCUCCACUACUCCACUAUUAGGGUCCCCUCUUGUGAGGUACCAGGAGGCUAUAGCUUCACCUUGAGCGUAAAUGCUUUAUUGUCACCUUAGGGUUCUCAGGCAGGUGGGGCUGUUGCACAUCAUGGGAGGGCAGGUACACUGAGUUGAUGGCAGAGCUGCGACCAGUGCUCCCUCUGUCCGCCCUACCCUCCCCCCACUCCGUGGCUCGAUGGAGUGCAAGUGGGUCAUUCAUAGGCUGCCCCUGGGGCCUUCUCAGAUAGAAAGGAAAGGCCCCCCCGACAUGUGCCCCCACAUCCCCCUCAUAAGUGCCUCGCCCUGUACCCUUCUUCUCAUAGUCUGCUACUGCUCUUUCUACAAUUAACAUUCAUACUUGGGUGGUCAGUACCACACCCAGGAAGGUCUUACUACCCCUGUCCCUUUCCUGUCAGCUUCCAGUCCUUGUCCUGUCUGGCUCCCUAAACAGGCUGAGCCAGUCAGUCAGUGCACUCUGCCCUUCAGGCCCAGGCCCUGCACAACCUCCUUCCUCUUGCUGCCCCACCUGCAGCUGCACCCCCACUCCCCGACUCCCAUCCCGGACCCCAGUUCAGACCAGGGCUCAAGUCUUCCGGUGCAUUCUGCUUUCAGGAUCACGUGCUCCCUGUGGGCACGCCGUCUUACAAACCUCUUUUAAGUCUCCUUGACCUCAGUCCUUGGCAGGGCCCUUCAGCCUUCCAGUCAGCGGACCGGGGCCCAAUCCCAAAGCCAGAGUUUCUGGAUAUGUCCCCACCCAUCCUCCUGUGACCUCACCUCCUGGGGCAGGAUGGCGGGGAAUGGGGCCGGUUGGUCCGCCUCAGCCCACUCCCCAGGCCCUGGGCCAAAAGAGAGUUCAGCGGGGCCGUGGGGGGCUGGCACUGCGCCCUCAGUUGGAAAGAAAGUCGAUGGCGGCGCGCACGGAGCGAUUGGUGCUGACGUCGACGGCAGUGACCUUAAUCUCGGUGUCGCCAAACUGCAUGGCAGUACGGAUCUCGCGGCGGCCAGGGGGCGCGCCGGCGGCAUGGGGGCCUCCCUCGGCGGGCUCGAGCUCUAGACUGAGCGCGCCGCACUUGCGCACGCCCGGGUCGGUGAUGAAGCGCGCGUCCUCGGCGGCGCAGCAGUACAAGUUGAUGAGCACGCGCCGCUGGCCUGGGCGUGCCGGGCAGUAGCUGCGCAGCACCUCCUCGCCCAGGGCCACCGACUGCUCGGCGGCCACGAAGCGCUCGAACACGUCGGUGCACCAGCGGCGGCCGUCGCGAACCAGCAGCUUGUCGGGCGGGUGGCGCCCAGCCACGAAGCGGUUGAGCACGCCCACGCCGUAGGUGAGCGGCGAGCGGCGCACCCGAACCACGCCCGGAGCCUGCCCGAAGAGCACCGCGCCCUUUAGGAUGGUGAGGCCCACGUCGUGCGGAACCACCACACGGAGGCCGCGGGCGCCCAGUGCUGCCUGCACCGCGUGCUGCAGCACGGCCGACUCUGCGAAGCCGCCCACCAGGAACAGCAGCUUCACGCCCUGCACCUCGGGGCGCGCCAGCAGCGCCUCUGCGGUACAGGAGUGGAGGGUGGGGGUAAGGAGGAGGGACGGGGAGUGGGCCACUGAGGCCACCACUGCGCAGCCACUGGCGCCUCUCCUCUGCCCGCCUGUAUCCUCGGGCAACCAGAAACUAGUCAUUUCACUAUAAAAUGGCAGCCUGGUUCCCAUAAAGAAAAACACCGGGCACUUUCAUGAGGGCCCCUGGCAGUCCUUAUGUGCUCUGCUUCCCCACCACACCGUGGAGGGCUUGAGAUAAGGGUCUGCAUUUACACAUAUUA